AUGAAAUUUGAACAAUUACCUAAUGAACUAAUAUUCGAUGUAUUCGAAUAUCUAAAUGCUAUACAUAUUUUUCGUGCUUUCUAUGGUUUGAAUUCUCGAUUUAAUAAACUUCUCAAUAUUUCUUUUAAAUUUUAUCAUCUGGAUUUUCGAUCUGUAUCAAAAUAUACUUUUACUAAUGUUUGUCAACAACAUCUUCCAUUAAUUAUUGAUAAAGUUGUUACAUUUUAUUUAGCAGAUGAUGAUGAAACACCAAAUCUUCCUGAAAUUUUUCUUUCUUAUAAUUUUACUCUUGAUAAAUUUAUUCAUUUAAAAUCACUUUCACUUCAAUCAAUUCGAUCUUUUGAUAUAUUAAAUAAAAUUAUAUUACAAUGUCAUCAUCUUUCAUAUUUAACACAUUUCAAAUUAAUUCAAUGUCUUUUUAAUAAUGAAGAAAAUAAUUUAAUUAAUAAUAUUUGGAAUCUACCAAAACUAAUUUACUGUCAUAUAGACGAUCUUAUGUCAAAAGGAAUAUGUUUCUCUAAACUUUCGAUUAUAUCAUCAUCUAUAAAAUAUCUCUCUAUUAAAAAUAUAACCUGUGAUUUUCGUUAUUUAUCUCAUAUUUUUGAACAAACACCUUGUCUUCAACAACUUUGUACAACAAUUAUAUGUACAGAGAAAAAUGAAAAAUUUCAAACUACUGUUCCACUUUUAACUAAUUUAAAUCUCUCAUUCAAUGGUCCGAUAGCAAUGAUGAUGAAUCUCUUUCAAUCAAUGUUUAAUUUACAUUAUUUAACAUUAAGUACAUCAUAUUUAUUAUUAAAUGGAAAUGAAUGGAAAAAAAUUCUUAUUGAUUUUUUACCUAAUCUUAAAAUUUUUCGAUUAAAAAUGGAUUUUCAUUUUCGUGAAAGUAAUAAUAUUGAAGAUAAAAUUAAUGAAUUACUUCAAACAUUUCAAACAGAUUUUUGGAUAAAAUAUCAUCAAUGGUUUGUUCGAUGUGAUUGGAAUCCAUCAAAUGCAUUUAGUCAUGCUAUUCUUUAUACUUUACCAUAUGCUUUUAAUGAUUUUCAUUUUAUUAAUGAAUCUUAUUCAAAAUCAACUUGUCCAAAUGAAGAAGAUUAUUGGUUAUAUAAUCAAGUUCAAAUUCUUCAACAUGAAAAUAGUAUAUCAAAUAAUUUCGAAUAUUUUCCUAUACAAUUUCCAAAUAUAUCUCAUUUGGAAAUUAUACUUCCAUUUAAUGAAAAAUUUUUAUCAAAUAUUCCAUCAUUAAAUCAUUUAAUAUCUCUUGAUGUUACAUUAUUACCUGGAGAUUCUGUUUAUAAUCAAUUACAAUUGUUACUUAAUCGAGCACCUCAUCUUCAUUUAUUAAGAUUUUCUCACGUAUCUGAUUUAGAAAUUAUAUUAUUUAAAAUUCAUAAUAGAUCAAUACGUCGAUUAGAUUUUUUUACAAAAGAAUCUAUGUUAUAUAGUUGGUAUUUCAAUAAAGAACAAUGUAUUGCCUUAGCAAAUUCAUCAUUAGGACGUCAAUGUCAAACUCUUGUUAUUGAUAUAAAACAUCGAACAAAUGUAAAUGAUUUAAUUAAUAAUAUGACUAAUCUUCAAUCAUUAAUUUUUCAAUGUAAAGAUGAUAAAUGGAAUCCUAAAAUAUCAUCAUCAACAAAUGAUGAACUUAUACAAUGGUUACAUGAAUAUUUACCAUCAACAUGUUUGAUAUCAAGAAAUACACAACAAAUAUCGAUUAUUCAAGUGUGGAUUCGUUGA